GAGUAAUAUAAACGGUCCAGACUUGUGUUUAUCCGAAAUGGCGGCCAGUGAAGUCUCCGAAGCUCUCAGCUCCUAAAUUUGGUGCCAAAAUGAAAUCUUUACACCUCUCCGCUCAAUUUCGUGCCCUCAAUCCCAAUCACACUUCUUCUUCUUCGAUCACUCUCCUCCGACCCUGCAAAUUCAACUCUCUUUCCCUCGCCUCGCCUCCCAAGCCCUCCCGCUUAAUCACGCUUUGCGCUUCCACUUCCGACAAACCGUCGUCGGAAUCGGCGGCGGCGGGGUCCAUCAGGGAAGGGUUUCUUCAGUUUCAGAACGACCCGUCGCAGAGUCAGUGGAAUGUGGAAGUCGGAAGCCCUAACGUUCCGGGUCCGUCUGUGGCGAAAUUGAGCUUGGGCGACCAGGCUUUCUUUCUCAUGGCCUUCAUCGCCUGCACGACUUCGGUGGCAUUUACGAGCCUUGUAAUUGCAGCUGUCCCGACGAUAUGUGCAAUGGGGAGAGCUGCAACAUCUCUUUCAAAGCUGGCAGAUACAGCUCGUCAAGAACUCCCUAGUACUAUGGCUGCCAUUAGGCUCUCAGGCAUGGAAAUAAGUGAUCUCACACUGGAACUGAAUGACCUAAGCCAAGAGAUAGCUGAUGGGGUCAACAAAUCCACUCAAGCUGUUCAAGCAGCAGAAGCUGGGAUUCGGCAGAUUGGCUCACUUGCUCGGCAGCAAACAAUGUCAAUGAUUCAAGAGAGGGCAAACCUGCCAGUAAUCUCUUUGCAACCUGCCGUAAUUGGAGCAGCAAAGAAGACCUCUCAUGCUGUUGGCCAAGUGACUAAGAAGUUCAUGAAUAUAAUCUCUCAAAGGGACUCAGAGGAUGAGGAUGACAUUGGAAUUGAUAGGGUGGAAAUUUGAGUUUGCUGUACUUACAAGCAACAACUAUAUUUUUGGGAACUCUCUGCACAGACUUGUAUGUACUGCAGUAUUUCAACUUGAGGUGGACAUGAACUCUUCACAGCAACGUGUGAAAAUCGCUUGCUACCAAAAAGGUUAUGCACUUUGUACAGCUUGUAGAGCAUGGGGGCAGACCUUAAUUAUUGUUAAGUGGAAAGGUAAGCAGUCAAGGUACGUUGUUUCCAUAGAAGUCCCCUAUGAUCUUGUUGCAGUGGCGGUCCGCUUGUCUGUAUUAAAGCUGUCAAAGUUGUAAGAAGUUUCCUAAGCUCCUAUUGCCAUGGUGGUUCGUUUCUUAUGUAAGAUCCUAUGUUACCCUUCUGAACUAAGGUUGCUGUUGGAAUGUUGAUGGAACUUCAUAUGGAUAAACUUGAGGCUUUUAUACAAUUACAAGACUAUUGAAAUCAGAACUCGGGAAUCAUGUGAAA